UUGGAACCUGCGAAACAAGAAGAGGGCGCUCGGCCAGAGGCGCGCCAAGCGCUCCAUUUUCAGAGAUGCGGAAUUCUGCACAGACCGCGCUUACGCUGCUGCUCCUGCUUGCUUCGGUGCAUGCGAAUGACAGCCCGGUCGCCAUGAACGAGACCCGCACCACCGAUCACAAUGCGAUUCUCGCCACGCCGCCGCCGGCCGACGGCCACGCCAUGUCGGUGCCCGCGAUCGUGGGUAUUACGGCCGCGGUCGUCGUCGCGCUCUGCUGCGUCAUCUUUAUGGUCGGUGUCUACAUGUCGCGCCGGUGGCGGUCGUCGCAGCACGCCGACGAUACGAACAAGCACGGCUUUGUGCCGUCGCCGGGCACUGCGUCGGCGCAGGACUUUGAGCAGUACUUUCCCAAGCCGAUCGAGCCCGCGAUGCUGCAAGAGCCGCCGGCGCGCAAGUCGUCGCGCGGCAGCGUGCUCCGAAAGGCGUCCAGCACCGUGCCAUUGGAGCCUGCACCCGCGCCGGCGAGCACUGAGUGGCAGUCGCCGAUCGAGAGCUCGCGCUACAUGAUGGCCGAUCUGGCGCCGCCCGACGCGCUCCAGAGCCUCCGUAGCGCGGGGUGGCAGUCGCCGGUCGAGAGCUCGCGCAGCCUCAUGUUGCUUCAAUCGCAGCGUAUUUACGAGCUCACGGGCGGCGAAGAUGGUAUUUUCGGCUCGCAAAACCGCAUCCAGGAAGAGAUUGAAGUCGAGAUCCGUGAUGGCACCAUGGACAGCUACACAGUGCGCCCGAGCGAGCUGCAAGCCAAGCACGUCGACGCCGCCGAGUGGAUGAGUGCGAUGGACACGUCCCGGUCGAUCUUUGAGACGCUGCGGUCGACGUCGGACAGCGACGGCGAGAGCCGGGACUCGAUCGUGUAGGGAUGACCCGCUCUCGCCCAUUAACUUAAAAUCGAUUAGUUUUAGCAUCCA